AUGGCUCCAAAGAGAAAUAAGAAGAUGGAUUUGGGCGACUUCUUGAAGGAUGAAUCCUUGGGAGGAAGCUCAUGGGCCGAUGAAGAAGUUGAUAUGAGUUCUAUUGCAUUUAGUAUUGAAAACCCAGCUGCUUUAACUGAGGCACCCAUUGGAGGAGCACCUGCUUUUUCUGGUACUUCGGGUGCUGGUGCUGGUGCUGGUGCUGGAGGGUUUGAGAGGAGAGAAAGAGUCAAGUAUCCUGUUCCUGACAAGCCACCAUACAAGGCUUAUGUGAACAACUUGCCAUGGGAUAUCACCGAACAAGAUGUGAUUAGACAUUUUGAGGAUAGAAUGCAAGCCAAUGACAUUAUAUCUGAUAUCAAAUUGCCAUUGGACAGAGAAACUGGACAAAUCAAAGGUGUCGCAUACGUUACAUUCACUACACGUGAGUUAUUGGAGGAAAGUUUAAACUUGUCAAUGUCUGAGUUUAAUGGAAGAAGAAUGUUUGUUAAUGUUGCACCUCCGCAACAAGGAAAUGACCGUUUUGGUUCAAGAGGUGGGGACUCUGGAGCAGAUUUGGAUUGGGGUGCAGCACGAAGUUCAAGAGCUGAAUUACCACCAAGAGAGAGAUCAUUUGGAGGUGAUAGAGGCGACAGAGGCGACAGAGGUGACAGAGGUGACAGACCACCAAGAGAGGAUAGACCACCAAGAGAAGAACCAGACUUGGACUGGGGAUCAGCCAGAGGCACUAGAGCCGAAUUACCACCAAGAGAAAGAUCAUUUAGAGGUGACAGGGAGGACAGAGGAGACAGACCUCCUAGAGAGUUUAAGCAAAGAGAAGAACCAGAUUUGGAUUGGGGAUCAGCUAGAGGAACUAGAGCUGAAUUACCACCAAGAGAAAAAUCAUUCAGAGGUGACAGGGAAGACAGAGGAGACAGACCACCAAGAGAGUUCAAACGUAAAGAAGAACCAGACUUGGAUUGGAGUUCUGCACGUGGAAGCCAAGCAGAGCUUCCUCCAAGAGAAAGACCAGCUAGACAUGUCCGCCAUGAUCGUGAAAAUAACACCACAAACAAUAGUGACGAGUUUGGACACUCGCGUCCUCCAAGGAAGCAAGAACCAGAAUUAGAUUGGGGAGCAGCUAGAAACUCUCAUGUGGAAUUACCUUCUCGUGAAAGAUCAAACAGAUCGUUCCACAACAAGAACCACGAGAACAACCACGCUGCUGGUACCAGAAAGUCAAGCGAGCCUGACUUGGAUUGGAAGAGAGGCCAACCAUUACCACAACGUACAAGAUCAUCACAAAACACAAAAUCACGUAAAGACGACAAAAAGAAGGAGGAUGAAAAGGUGCAAGGUCCUCAAAAGUCUCAAUUUAGUGUUUUGGCUGUUGACGACGAAGAAGAACACGAGGAAGAACCAAGAGAACCAAAAGAAGAGAAUGCCACUAAGGACGUUAACAAUGAAUCAUUGGAGUCAGCUACUGCCAAGUUAUCUGUAUCAGACAACAAAUCUGAAAAUGCAGACGAAUGGGAAGUUGUUGGUAAGAAAUAA